AUGUCGAAGAAGCUCCUCCAGCUUUUCCGCUUCCCAUAUCAGACCGCUCCAGGUGAAGCAGAGGCGGAAUGUGCCUUGCUUCAGCGUGAGGGCAUCGUCGAUGCAGUCAUGAGCCAGGAUGUCGAUGCCGUGAUGUGGGGCUCGACCAUGACUUUACGAGACUGGUCUCAGGAAGGGACUCGUGGCAACAAGACCGCGACUCACGUGAAUGUGCUACGAGCGGAGACGACAAAGGCGAAUGCUGGGCUGGACCCAGAUGGCAUGAUAUUGGUUGCGCUAUUGAGUGGUGGCGAUUACGCUCCGGAAGGAAUCUCUGGUUUUGGCCCUGGUCUUGCCUGUGAAAUAGCCAAAGCUCAUUUUGGAAGCGAGUUGUUGGAGGUGAUGGCGAAGGGCGAUAGGGAGGGAUUAUUGGAGUGGAAAGAGAGGUUACAGUAUGAGCUUGAAACAAACGAAAGUGGAUACUUCAAAACGAAGCACAAAUCGGUCAAGGUCCCAGAAGACUUUCCAGACGAGACCCUCCUGCGCUACUACACUCAUCCUGAAGUGUCGUCCCCAGUUGAUUUGCAAAGAAUAAGAAGGGAUCUUGAAAGACGAUGGGAUGGAGACAUCGACACCGGCGAUAGAGGAGGUGCGUGCAAGUUUAUCCGCUCUAUGGCACCUGCGCUGCUUGCUCAGCGUUUGUUGCGUGUGCAGAAGAAUACCACCAUCUCUUCUAGUGAUGCUAUUUCAGAAAGAAGAAUGCAUUUUGUUAGCGACGGCAUGCCUGAACUGCGCAUUGCAGUUGUUCCGGCCGACAUCGUGGGCCUCAACAUUGAAGACGAAGAGGACAACCCUGAGUACGUCCAAGCAAUGGAGGAAGCGGCAGCAGCAGAGGAAGAAAUCAACGGCGUUGUUGAUCAAGUCGAGCCUGAAGACGAACCACCAGCAAUAACACCAAACGUGUCCAGACCAAGAAAGAAAGCGUCUUGGGAUCCUCGAAAUCCCGAGAAGAUGUGGCUGCCUGAAACCAUCGUGAAGCUUGGCCUGCCGGACUUGGUCGAAGAGUGGGAGCAGAAACAACGAGAUAUGCUUAGCGACCCCAAAAAGUCUAUCGCGAAUAAAGUUCGAAAGAUCAAUUCAUCAACCAUUGCUUCACAGAAUACAAGAUCAAUACAAGCAUACUUUACCACCUCCAAGUCUACCGUGACGGGACCAUCAGCAAUGCCAGCGUCGCCGAAGAAGGCACAAAAAGAUCCCAUCGACCAACAUGAGAAUCGUCAUAUCCGUGCUUCCAGCACUCCCACACAACGUAAAACAAGACGGAAAGUCACCGACCCAACGCCAGCUCCAGCAUCCUCAAUCAAUCCUUUCUCCCUAGCAAGCCAAGGCAAACCACCAUCCCCCCUAAAGAAGUCGAGCCUUCUCCCUUCAACCAACACACCCCCUCCGCAAGUCUCAGCCAAUCCCUCCAGCAAAUCUCCCACCCGCCGAGCCCGCAAACCACUACAAAAGAGCAAGACCCUCCCCACCUCGUUCGAGCAACCGAUUCUCAUAUCCUCAUCCCCCCUCCCAUCACCCCAUCCCAGAUCGCUUACACCACCACCACUGCCCCCCCGAGCAGCUCAAUGCAACAUACCCUCAGCAGCCAUCGAACAACACCGCUCCCCAGAUGCGGACCCGAACCCACAUUCAGACUCAGACAGCGAUUCCCUCCCCUCCCCCUCCCAACUGCUCAACUCACUGACCAACAAGAAAACAACCACCACCCACAAAUCCGCCGCCGCCGCCGCCUCCUCCUCCCUCUCUUCCAUCCCCCAACCCAUCAAGCCAACCCCAACCGACAUCUUCCGCCAACACGCCACCACGGCCAUACCGGCUGAUCUCGGCUUCAAGCGCGGCAACCAGAAGAAGAAGAAGAAAACCGUGCUGUCCAGGGACAGCUUACCGGGGACUUGGAUGGAGGUUCUCGAGUCGGACGAGGGUUCUGCUGCAGCUGGGCUUGGAGGUGGGAGUGGUAGGGCUGGUGGUAGGGGAAGGGGAGGGAUGCCCAGGGUCAGUUUGGUGGAUCUGACGGAUUUGUAA